CAACAAUCAACUUCAAACGUCACAUACGUCAUAUAAAUAUGAAUUCGUUCAAAUGUUGAAAAUUCUCGGUGUUCGUUUCAUCACAUUUUCACAAGUAAACCUUCCUCGCUAAUUCCCUUAUGCUAAGAAUCAUCAAAACCUCCCUUUCCAGCCAUCGCUCUUUGCCCCGUCAUCAUUCGCAAGACGCCAAAACAUUGCUGCUUAACCUACUAGAAAACAUGCCUAAGGAUCGAAAACAAAUAGCUGAGACCCAAAUGCACCGGAAGAAAGUCAAAGAAAAACACUCCAAAUACGUGCCGGGCAAAGUCACCCUGCAGGUACUAGGCACAGGAGCAGUAGGCGCCCCCAGAUCGUUGUACAUGUUCUCCGAUCAAAGCAGGUAUCUGUUCAAUUGCGGAGAAGGUACUCAGAGACUGGCGCACGAGCAUAAAAUGAAACUAGCCAAGCUAGAGCACAUAUUUAUAACCCAACCGGUUUGGAGGAACAUCGGUGGGCUACCCGGAAUCGCCUUGACAAUUCAGGACGUGGGCGUACCGGAAAUCUCCCUACACGGCCCCCCCGGUUUGAAUAACAUUUUUACUGCGACGAAGAGGUUCGUGGUGUUGAAGAAUCUCAAAAUCAACAUGGCCACCAGCGACGAAGACGUCAGCUUCUCCGAUAACGUAAUGACCGUGCACUACGUGCCUUUACUCGAAGCCGCUCCGGCGCCCGUUAAAGACGACAAAGUGGCUGCAUCGGAUGCCAAGCAAGAGACCACUCCGGCUACUGACUCCAGCGCGACCAAACCGACCGAUACCUCCGCUAAGAAUAAGGAUCACGUGUGUAGUUCGAAAAAGACUAAACUAAAGAAUCGAUUGUCUUCUUCCGUUGACUCUUCGAUAUCGAAUUCCGAUGACGAAUUCAACGAUAGCACGGAUUACUACGCGUACGAACGUAAGAAAAAGAAACCCGAAAAACGCGUAUCAAGAUACUGUUACCGAUUCCGACCCCGAUCCCGUAGCGUCGAUAGCGCCGACGCGGGAGAGGAUUCCAAAUUCGCGUCGGGUUUGAUCGAAGAGCAAACCAAAGUGAAAGGCGUCUCGAUGGCGUACGUGUGCGUGCUGAAGUCCCGCCCGGGCGCACUAAAUCUGGAGAAGUGCCUGCGGAUGGGCGUCCGGCCGGGCCCUCUGUUGGGCAAAUUGAAAUCGGGCGAGGACGUGAAACUCGUCAACGGGAAGGUGGUCACCGCGCAGGACGUUUGCGAACCCGACGAUCCCGGACUGAUAUUCAUCGUUGUCGAUUGUCCGAACGUGAACUACUUGGAUUCGUUGCACGCGAAGGCCAUUUUCAAGAAGCACCAAAAAACGGCCGCGCUGGAAAGGGACAUCGCGAGCGUGGUGAUCCAUUUCACGCCCAAGGAAAUCGUGAACAAUCCGAGGUAUCAAGAGUGGAUGGAGAAGUUCCCUUUGUGUACGACGCAUUUGAUGCUGAACGAGUUUAACACGUGCAUGGGGAGCGAAGCCGUGCACAGGAUACAACAUAAAUUGAAUUUAUUAUCGCCGGAUAUAUUCCCUUUGUUGGGCGACAAAGGGAGUAAAAUCAACGAUAGCCAACAAAUCAUCCCUGGCGCGUUCAAAAAACCGAAACUGGCGGACUCUUCCUAUUUGCUAUACAAAGACGAAGUGCCCGACGUGCGAUUGAGUUCGCUCCAAAGGACUCCGACUUCUCCUACGAACAGCAUAAGAGAACUGACGAAAUCCGCCGCCGCCACGUCCUCGGCCGCUCCGGGAAAGGAAUUGAUGCUGUUCCCGAGGACCUUUUGCACCUACCACCUCCGGCCCAAGAAAGGGCUCGACAGGAGUUUGGAAUUGGUGUUGAACCCGAACGAAUACGUGCAGGAGAGCCUGACGAUGGGCGAGCUGCAGGCGGAACUGAGGAAAUUGAAGAUAAAACUGUUGAAGAAAACCUUCCGGACCGAUGAUUUCCCGAAGCUGGUGUUCCUGGGGACCGGUUCUUGUAUACCGAACAAAACGAGAAACACCAGCGGAAUAUUGCUAUCCCUAAGCGGUUACGUCGAAAACAAGCACAUGUUACUAGAUUGCGGCGAAGGCACGUACGGUCAAAUCAUCCGGUUCUUCGGGGCCGGACCGGCCCAAAACGUCCUCGCCAAUUUGAACGCCAUCUACAUAUCGCACCUGCACGCCGAUCAUCACAUCGGCCUGAUCGGCGUGCUGCAGGGCCGUCGCCGGGCGUUGGAUUUGCUCAAGCUCGAGAGACGGCCUCUCUAUUUGUUCGCUCCGAAGCAAAUCAUGACGUGGCUCAGUUUCUACGAUCGGUGCUUCGAGAACAUCUGCGAGGAAUUCGAGUUGGUGCCCAACGGGUCCAUAGUACAAGGAGGUUGCCUGUUGCCCAAGAACGUAAAAGACACCGUUUUGAACAAUAUGAGCCUGCUGGAUAUCAACACGUGUCUGGUGAAGCAUUGCCCGAACGCCUUCGGGGUGAGCAUAACCUGCAGGAACGGUUACAAAGUAACUUAUUCGGGCGAUACGAUGCCCUGCGAGGCUCUGAUAUCUUUGGGUAUCGGUAGUGAUAUAUUAAUACACGAAGCUACAAUGGAAGACGAGCUUUGUCACGAGGCUACCAUUAAAAUGCAUUCUACCACGAAUCAAGCGAUAACUAUCGGUAAACGGAUGAGGGCGAAGCAUAUUAUUUUGACGCAUUUCAGCCAAAGGUACGCCAAAUUGCCGAGGUUCACGGAGAAUUUCUGUACUAACGUCGGUAUAGCUUUCGAUAAUAUGCAAAUUAGCACGUCCGAUUUGUCGCUGAUGCCCGAUUUGUUCCCGGCAUUGAAGCUGCUCUUCGCGGAACAGUACGAGGAAUUGGAGAACAAGGCGCUGAAGAGGCAGGUGAAAGAGCACGCCAAAAGGAAACUGACUAGUUGAUAUCGCUGUACAUAAAAUAAAUUAUUCAUUUAAUCCUGUUUAUUUCGCUAAUUCGAAAAAUCGUGUUUAUUCCUCUAAUUCGUUGCUGCACAAGGAAUUUAAGUCGCG